AUGAGAAAGGAACGACGGGCGUCCCGCAGAAGAUGGCUAUGGCUGCAAAAAGUCGCGCAAACGGUAACAGUCCUAGCAGUCGACCUACAUACCUACCCCAUUGGCCACAGGUCCAGAUGCCAGCUCGUUCGAACAUGGUACUUACCGUCGACUUCGGAUGCCGAAUUUAUAGUGCGCCUGCCUCCGGAAGUCAACCGGGUGCUCUUUGUUCGCAACUUGCCGUUCAAGAUUACUGCUGAGGACAUGUAUGACCUAUUCGGUAAAUACGGUCCCAUCCGACAAAUAAGAGUAGGAACCGCAACAGACACGAAAGGAACAGCAUUUGUCGUCUACGAAGACAUAUUCGACGCCAAAUCAGCAUGCGAUCACCUCAGCGGUUUCAAUAUCAUGGGCCGGUACCUGAUCGUACUAUACUACUCGACGACGAAAGCGACAAAGAAACGGGAUCUGGGUGCAAAGGAGGCUGAUGUCGCGAGUAUGAAGGAGAAACUCGGGAUGGAGACGUAG